AGGGACCGCAUAAGAAACCAAUCGUCUCAAAAAGGAAGUGAAAACUCUUAAAAAACAAAAAGAAAGCCAAAUCACCAAAAGUAGAAGAAAGAAGGGAAAGCACUCUUCGAGUCUCGUCUAUGUUUAUCCCCAAACCAAAUCCAUUUCAGCAAGCAAACCCAGAAGGAUAAACAGAGACGGGGAGAGAGAGAGAGAGAGAGAAGGGUACCCAACUACCCAUUCAUGAAUCUAUUCAUCAUCUCGUAUUCCUUCAUCGGUUUGGUCGGUUUGGUUGGGUAGUAAUUUCUCGCUAGAAGCAGGAAAGAAAAUCCAUUGGGUAUUGUUGAAUCGCCCUAAUGGACACCCCUCCAGCUGAGGAGCUGCUGAAGAAGAUCCAAGAGCUCGAAGCCGGCCACGCUCACCUCAAACAAGAGAUGUCGAAGUUGUUGCAUACCAGUGGCGGCACCGGUUCUGGCACUGGCAGCGAUGGCAAAUCGUUCCACGGGCAUCAGCGUUCGCAUUCGGUAUCGCCAGAGAGAUCGAGAAUGGGCGUUCCGAGGAGGAAAACUGGUGGUGGGCUCGAGGGAGCUGCUGCCUCCUUGAAGCAAAGCUUACCGUCUUCAAGACAGUCGUCCCCGUUACAAAGGGAGAGCAGCAGCCGUGAUGCUCCCAGUCCGAGACCAGCUGGCCCUGCAGCCGUUAAUUUUACGGAUAAACAGUACCUUAAUAUUUUGCAGUCUAUGGGUCAGUCAGUUCAUAUACUUGACCUCAAUGGCCGCAUAAUUUACUGGAAUCGAACAGCUGAACACGUUUAUGGUUAUCCUGCUUCAGAAGCUCUUGGUCGGGAUAUGAUUGAGCUCCUUACAGAUGCCCAUGACUUUGACGUAGCGAGUAAUAUGAUAAACCGUAUAACCAUGGGAGAGAGCUGGACUGGCCAAUUCCCUGUAAAGAAUAAACUGGGGGAGCGUUUUCUAGCCAUCGUUACCAACACUCCAUUCUAUGAUGAUGAUGGUACUUUGGUAGGGAUUGUUUGUGUUUCGAACGAUUCACGGCCCUUUCAAGAAAUGCAGCGCCCAUACUCUGUUACAAAGCCUUCGGAAGCUGAUUCCGGCUUUUCUCGGUCAAGGAUUACCACAGCUAUGAAACCAACUUUAGAUUCUCACCAACCUCUGCAAGUUGCAAUUGCCUCAAAAAUAUCAAAUCUGGCUUCUAAAGUGACUAACAAAGUCAAGUCAAGAAUGCGGACUGGCGAGAACAGUAUGGAGCGUGAAAGUGGGAGCGGAGAUAGUCAAUAUUCUGAUAAUGGUUUCUCAGAUGCGGUUUUCUCUGACCAUAGAGAGGAUGCUACUUCCAGUGGAGCCAGCACACCUAGAGAAGACAUACCGCCGUCUCCCUUUGGUGUGUUUUUGCAGGGUGCUGUGGAUGAAAAAUCCCCAGGAAAAUCCUCAAAAGAUUCUGGUGCCGAAGGUGUGGGAAAGUCUGGGAUCCAGAAGAUCAUUACUGCAAAGGCAGAAGCAUGGAUCAAUAAAAAGGGGAUAUCUUGGCCUUGGAAGGGGAAUGAGCGGGAUGUGCCGGAGGCAAGGACUACACGUUUUGUCUGGCCUUGGUUGAAUCAUGAUCAAGAAAAUGAAUUUGGUCAUCAGAAGAAAACUGAUUCAGGCAUGAAGCCUGAAAGCCGAGGUGGUGAAAGUAACCGGCCCAAUAAUGAGGCUUCUGGGUCCUGGUCCUCCUCAUUUAAUGUCAACAGCACAAGUAGUGUGAGUAGCAGUGGAAGUACCAGUGGUAGUGCUGUUCAUAAAUUGGAUAUGGAUUCUGACUGCUUGGAUUAUGAAAUCUUGUGGGAGGACUUAACAAUUGGAGAACCGAUUGGGCAAGGUUCUUGUGGAACUGUAUAUCAUGGCCUUUGGUAUGGCUCGGAUGUUGCAGUCAAAGUGUUCUCCAAGCAAGAGUAUUCGGAAGAAGUAAUACUUUCCUUCAGACAAGAGGUGUCACUUAUGAAGAGGCUCCGACAUCCAAAUGUGCUACUCUUUAUGGGUGCAGUUACUUCUCCUCAGCGUCUUUGCAUUGUUACAGAGUUCCUCCCACGCGGAAGCUUGUUUCGGUUGCUACAGCGGAACACAACUAAACUGGACUGGAGACGGCGUGUUCACAUGGCUUUGGAUAUUGCACGAGGCAUGAAUUAUCUUCAUCACUGCAACCCACCUAUAAUCCAUCGAGAUUUGAAGUCAUCAAAUCUUCUGGUUGAUAGGAAUUGGACAGCGAAGGUUGGUGACUUUGGUCUCUCACGUCUAAAACAUGAAACUUACCUGACAACCAAGACUGGGAAAGGAACGCCACAAUGGAUGGCCCCUGAAGUUCUUCGAAAUGAGUCUACAGAUGAGAAGUCCGACGUGUACAGCUUUGGGGUGAUACUCUGGGAGCUUGUCACUGAGAAGAUCCCCUGGGAAAAUCUUAACUCAAUGCAGGUCAUUGGUGCUGUUGGGUUCAUGAAUCAACGACUAGAGAUCCCGAAAGGUUUGGAUCCACAGUGGACAUCUAUAAUUGAGAGCUGCUGGCAUAGUGAUCCACAUUGUCGACCCACAUUUCAAGAGCUGUUAGAAACGCUUAAAGAUCUGCAGAGGCAAUAUUCCAUUCAAUCCCAGUUGAAUCGUGCAACGCCUGGGGAUGCCACACCAAAAGCGCCACCCAAAGAUUGAAGGGUGCAUAUAGACAUAUCCCAAGUUAAAAUGAGUUAUGGCAUAUCUUCUGUGCUUUCGCUUAUGUUUUUGGUGUUUCCAGCAGAAGUAUCAAUUGUGGUUGGUUUGACCCUGGUUCACCAUCAACCCUGGACAAGGUAGCGAAGGGAGGGGAAAAGGAAUAUGGCUUCAGGAUGUGUUAAUAGCAGUGGGAUAAGCAGGCAUAAUUUUGAUGUUGGUGAUUAAUGUGAGUGUUCCUGAUCUGUACGAUCUGAAGCCAACAGGCAGAAGAGCCAGUGUUCAUACUUCAAUUCAUGUGAUUGUGUUUUAGCCUAUUAACCAUUUGUCAUUUAAAAUGGUGUACAAGACUUUCUGUAACUUUUUUUUCUGAGUCAUUUCUGUACUUUGUGUCGAAGUGGCAAGUGUAUAAAUAGAGUGACAAAUUAAUCUUUUUAUCUAUAACCGGCCCAGGUUGUCGUUGUUAGCCAUGUUUUAAUAACCAACCGCUGAGUUGUUGCUGAUGUACUUUUUAAAUUGUUCACAAGAAUUAAUGAACUUGGUGGAUUUCGCGAA